GGGAAACAGCCGGGUAACUGUCGCAGCUGCAGCAAUGCAGCAUCAUGCAACAUGCGACUCCAGAGUCACCCCGCAAACUUUUAUUAUGAUGAACCACAAUACUCCGUUCUGGCUGGCUGUCAGCGGUGCUGCAACCCACAUGUGCACACAGUAGCAGAGUAGUAGGGCUGUAGCUGGUGCUAGCAUCGCGUUCCCCACACCCGAGACGGGCAGCCGCAGCCGGGGGAUGCGGCGUCCCCCAGAUAGUCUAUCUUGCAUCCAGUGAGGGGUCAUCGUAUCGGUCCUACAUAAAGGCUCGUCAAUGGCCUACAAGAUGCCCUCGAGGUCCCUCUUCUCGCCUGCAUUCUCUCUCUCAACUUUAUCCUCACUUCGACUCAGGUCCGCUGCUUCCACGUUCCACAGAUCGGGUGCUUCUGGACUCUGCACACAACAUAUCAGACCUCGCUCCUUAUUCCCUCCCACCUUAUCACCCUUCUCCUGCUCGCGUAGAGCAGCACUCUCCUCUAACACCAGACCAGUCACAGCUAUGGAGGUCGAGCUCACUGCCCCCAAUGGGAAGAAGUGGUCCCAGCCCUUGGGCCUUCUCAUCAACGGAGAGUUUGUCAAGUCGAGCAAUGAGCAGAAGAUCACCUCCAUAAAUCCUUCUACUGAGGAGGAGAUCUGCUCCGUCUUUGCCGCCACUGCUGAUGAUGUUGACCUCGCUGUGGAGGCUGCUCGCAAGGCCUUCAAGGACCCCUCAUGGAAGGGCCUCAGCGGCACACAGCGCGGGGAGCUUAUGAUCAAGCUGGCCGGGCUGGUCGAGAAGAACGCAGAGAUCCUGGCCACGGUCGAGGCACUUGACAAUGGCAAGCCCUACAACACGGCGCUCAACGAGGAUAUCCCAGAGGUCGUCAAUGUCCUCAAGUACUACGCCGGCUAUGCGGACAAGAACUUCGGCCAGGUCAUCGACGUUGGGCCCUCCAAGUUCGCCUAUACCCUGAAGCAGCCCCUUGGUGUCUGCGGCCAGAUCAUCCCAUGGAACUUCCCCCUCGCGAUGGCUGGUUGGAAGCUGGGCCCUGCGCUGUGCUGUGGUAACACGGUGGUGCUCAAGCUGGCCGAGCAGACACCUUUGUCCAUGUUGGUCAUGGGAAAGCUGAUCAAGGAGGCCGGUUUCCCUCCAGGAGUUGUCAACGUCAUCAAUGGUCAUGGACGGGAAGCUGGUGCGGCACUCGUCAAGCACCUGGGUGUUGACAAGAUCGCAUUCACUGGCAGCACAGCCACGGGCAAGGUCAUCAUGAAGAUGGCGAGUGAGACCCUCAAGAACAUCACAUUGGAGACAGGUGGCAAGUCACCACUGAUCGUUUUCGAAGACGCCGACCUGGACCUCGCUGCCACCUGGUCACACAUUGGAAUCAUGUCCAACCAGGGACAAAUCUGCACCGCCACAUCCCGUGUCCUCGUCCACGAGAAGAUCUACGACGAGUUUAUCGCAAAGUUCAAGUCCACGGUGCAGAAGGUUUCGGUCGUGGGCGACCCCUUUGAGGAGACCACAUUCCAGGGACCCCAGGUGACCAAGGCGCAGUACGACCAGGUCAUGAGCUACAUUCAGGCCGCAAAAGACGAGGGCGCAACCAUCGCUCUGGGCGGUGACCCAGCGCCGCAGAAGGGUAAGGGCUUCUUCAUCAACCCCACCAUGUUCACGGACGUCAAGCGGGACAUGAGGAUAUUCAAGGAGGAGAUCUUCGGCCCCUGUGUGUCUGUCAUCCGCUUCAAGGACGAGGCCGAGGCCAUCGAGCUUGCGAACGACACCACGUAUGGCCUCGGUGCGGCACUAUUCACCCGCAACCUGACCAAGGCUCAUCGUGUCGCCGCGGAGAUCGAGGCGGGUAUGGUAUGGAUCAACAGCAGCAACGACUCAGACGUGAGAGUGCCAUUCGGUGGUGUCAAGCAGUCCGGAAUCGGCCGGGAGUUGGGCGAGGCAGGCUUGUCCAGCUACUACAACAUCAAGAGCGUACAUUUGAACAUGGACUCAUAGGGACUGCCUGGGGGAGACCGUAGCAGGGAGGUGUGCUGAACGAAAAGUGUAGUAUUUGGGUUAUGACAUGACGAACUGGCUGGGACAUGAUGGAAUACCCGCCGUGGGCGAGCUAAACUUGUACACAAGAUACUAAUUCAAACGCCUGCUGAUCUGCUCAA